GCGGGGCACGUGUGGCGGGGGUGGGCGCUGCGGGUGCCGUCGGUGUCGGGUUGUUCGGGCGGCGCUGGGAGGGGCUCUGCCCUUCCUUCGGCUAACGCAGGGUUGGGGUAGACCGCCUGCCUCGCUUCCCCGCUUCCCGACUCCUUUGCCGUGCUCCCCCUCCCCGCUGUGAGCUGCCAUGGACAGGACGGCGGUGGCAAAGAUGGGAGCGGUGGCGAGCGCCAGCGUGUGCGCCCUGGUCGGCGGGGUGGUGCUGGCACAGUACAUCUUCACCAUGAAGAAGAAGACGGGCAGGAAGACCAAGAUCAUCGAGAUGCGCUCUGCCAGAUCAGCCCCUUGCCCAGAGCCCACCAGUCCCUUCUCCUUCACGUGUGCUCCCUACGGAUCCUCCUGCAGGCUGUCCGGCUGCUGGCUGGCACCUAAAGUUCAGAUAGCCUGUAUGCAAGCCCUGCGUCUCUGGACUCUGCUUGCCACCUAUGCUGUUGCAGUAGGACAAAAUCAAGGACAGAAGAAUCAAGAGUGCCCUAAGCUCAACGCACAGAUGCCAGAAUUUCAGAAGAAGACUGUCCAUAUUAAGGACCCAGGGAGAGUAGAGGAGAUUAUUUGUGGCCUCAUCAAAGGUGGAGCUGCCAAACUUCAGAUUAUUACAGAUUUUGAUAUGACAUUAAGUAGAUUUUCCUACAAUGGAAAAAGAUGUCCAACUUGUCAUAACAUCAUUGAUAACUCCAAGCUCAUCACAGAGGAAUGUCGGAAAAAGUUAUUGCAGCUGAAAGAAACCUAUUAUGCAAUUGAAAUUGAUCCAGCUCUCACUAUUGAGGAAAAAUAUCCAUAUAUGGUAGAAUGGUACAAUAAAUCUCAUGCACUACUCAUUGAACAAGGCUUACAAAAGGAUAAGUUUGCUGAAAUUGUGAGAGAAUCUGAUGUUAUGCUGAAAGAAGGAUAUGAGAACUUCUUUGAUAAGCUCAGUGAACAUAAUAUCCCCGUGUUCAUAUUUUCUGCUGGGAUUGGAGACAUUCUUGAGGAAGUUAUCCACCAGGCUGGGGUCUACCAUUCUAAUGUCAAAGUGGUUUCCAAUUUCAUGGAUUUUGAUGAAAAUGGAAUAUUAAAAGGGUUUAAAGGAGAAUUGAUUCAUGUUUACAACAAACAUGAUGGUGCCUUGAAGAAUACAGAGUACUUCAAACAAUUGAAAGACAACAGUAAUAUCAUCUUGCUGGGUGAUUCCCAAGGAGAUUUGAGCAUGGCAGAUGGAGUAGCAAAUGUUGAACACAUUCUUAAGAUCGGCUAUCUCAAUGAUAAGGUAGAUGAGCUUUUGGAAAAAUACAUGGACUCUUACGAUAUUGUCUUGGUGAAAGAUGAAUCCCUGGAAGUUGCCAACUCUAUCCUACAGAAAAUCCUGUAAAUUGCAGUCUCAAGUCACUCCAUUCCUUCCAGAAGGCAACUGAACAGAAGAGCACAUGUGUGCUAUCUGAGAUGUGUUUAUUACUCAUUUACAGAACUGUUUAAUUUAAUUAAAAACUUUUGUCUUCAUUUUGGUGUUUUGAAAUACACAUGGUAUCCAUUGUCAACUAGAAGCUCCUUUUACUGCUCUUACGCUGUUCUUUAUCGUCUCACACUCCUGUUGUAACUAGAUUUAAAUUGGAUUUGUAAAUGUGAUAAACUGCUGCUGAUGGGAUACUGUGGUUCACUGUCUUUUAAUCGGGCAUUUCUGAAGAGCAUUUUAGAAAACGUGGCUAUUUUGUAAAAUUGAAGAUGUAAACGUUCUGUGAAUAACCAGUGUGCACAUUUGUGUUACCACUUCUUUCAAAAGAAGAUACUUCAGUCUCAGCUGUACUUUGAAGGAUCUUACUCAUAUACUACAGACUUUCACAGAAGUUUUUCAUACAUAUAUUUUUCUUCAGUAAAAAUGCUUUAUUCACUCAA